CCCACGUUGGGGGCUGCGCUCAGUGGGGCGGGCGGUUCGGGGCGGCCCCUCCCCGCCGCAUUCAGCGACCGGAGCCGCCGCAGCGCGGAGCGGUCUGCGCUGCCGUCGAGGCACGGAAGGUUCCCCCGGCGCUGGGAGGAGCCGGAUGGUGUGAGCGGAACCGGCCGAGCGAGGAGCCCCGCAGCUCCCAGGAGGAGGAGGAGGAGGAGGAGGACGGCGUCAUGCUGGCUCCGAAGAAAGGGCUGCUGUGUAACCUCAACCACAUCCACCUGCAGCACAUCUCCCUCGGGCUGCAUCUCUCCCGGCACCCGGAGCUUCAGGACAGCACCGGGUUGGGGGAGCAGAAAUGCUGCAGCGGUUGUCGGGAGAGCUGCGAGCAAGUGGACGCCAAUUCCAACAGCCCCUCUUUAAAAUGCCGAUGCUGCCAAUCCCACCCCGAGCUGCCCGCGGUGCUGGGCCUGCAGAACCAGCCGGUACCGGAGGAGGAGGAGUUCCCCCACCUGCACGAUGGGGAGGAGGCGGUUUCCCCUUGUGAUCCUCCUUCCACCUCCUCCUCGGUCAGCAGCUGCUCUGAUUUCAGCCUGGAUGAGUCCCCGGUGUCGGUGUAUUACAGGGGGUUCCCAGCAGAAGGUUCUCAAUCUCCUACAGAGCAGCUCGGCGUUGUUCCUGCUGAAGAUGAGCAGGAUGAGCCUGGGGUGGUUGAGGGGAGAGACCCCAACCUGAACCCAGCAGCGCUGCAGGGGGAGGAGGAUCUCACCGGGGGGAGCCCCGACAGCCUCUGCAGCAGCAGCAGCAGCGGCAGCAGCUCGCUGGGUUCACACUACGAUGAAACCUCAGCCGUGCAGCAGAACGCAGCCAGCCCCAUAGACCUCAAUUGCAACCCCCUGCCCGACAGCAGUGCUGCACCGUGUGGUUGGGAGCAGAGCCUGAACAACGCUCCCAAACCGCAGCCACGGCUGGGCAGCGUCCCCCCUCCCGUCCCACCGCGGCCAAAGAGGCGGCUGCAGCUCCUUAACGGGCACGGAGCGGAGCGGCCGGCUCUGCCUGCGAGGCCAGCAGCGCCCGAACCCGGCUCUGAGCUGUGCAGGGAUGAAGCCAAGAAGAACAUCACCUCCUUCCACGAGCUGGCUCAGAAGAGGAAGAAGAACACGGCCGGGAUCGCUCCGAUCCCAACCAGGGUGGAUCGAAGCGACUGGUUGAUCGUUUUCUCACCCGAUACCGAGCUGCCGCCCCACAACGAGCUCCUGCCCAGCACAGCGGGUCGGGACACGAAGCAGCCCCAGCAGGAAUGGGGGGUGAAGCAUCCCGGCUCCGUGCAAAGGGAGGUCACCACGUUCAAGGAGCUGCGUUACCGCAGCGCCUCUAAUAAACCUAAGGGUCAACAAACGGCCCCGCAGCGCCCACCCCCACCCCCGGGGGGGUCUGAUGGCUCCAGCUGGGGGUCAGGGCUGGGGGGGAGGCUGCCAGCACCCCCCGAGAGCCAGCAGGGACGGAGGAGACCCCGACCCGCAUUGCAGCCCAUUGCAGAGGGACGGCAGCGGGACGCAGGGCUGCCCCUGCAGAGCCGCCCUGGGGAGCAUCGCGGCUGUGACACGCGGACAUGGAGGAGCGGGGGGUCCGGUGGGGACCCCCGAGGGUCGGGAGAGGCUGAGAGCAGAGAGGAGACGCAUGAGGAGGCAGCCCGGCCCUCCCCACCCGCUGCCGGAGCUCCGGGCGCAGCGCAGCCCCACGGGGACGGCCCGGACGGACGGCGGGGAGCUUUGGCCGAGCAGAAGAAAGCUCUGCUGAUCGCUGUCAGCACCGCCGUGGAUAAAGUCAUCGCCCACUUCAGCUCCGCACGGAACGUGGUGCAGAAGGCUCAGCUGGGGGACAGCUGGCUCAGCCCUGACGUGGGCUACCUGCUGCUGCACACCCUGUGCCCUGCUCUUUAUGGUCUGGUGGAGGACGGGCUGAAGCCCUUCCAGAAGGAUGUCAUCACAGGACAGAGGAGGAACUCACCCUGGAGUGUGGUGGAAGCCUCCGUGAAGACAGGCCCCAACACUCGCUCUCUCCACAACCUGUGCUGGCGUGUGGCUGGGCUGGCUCCUCUCAGCAGCACCAGGCAGAAGUUUCAUGCCUUUAUCCUCGGCCUUUUGAAUACGAAGCAGCUGGAGCAGUGGGUCUCACACCUGCAGAAUAGCCCAGGUGUCAUCUCCAUGCUGUAUUUUCCUACUGCUUUCUUUGCUCUGAGCCAAGGCCCUCUCCCUCAUCUUGCUGACGAACUGCUGCUGCUCAUCCAGCCCCUCUCGGUGCUGACCUUCCACCUCGACCUGCUCUUCGAGCACCAUCACCUCUCCGUGGACGUAAGGCCUUUGUCCCGUCGGAUGGACUCACCCCCAUCUCCCACCCAUCACUUUGCUCAGGGGGCUGCGCAGCCGCUGGAGGGUCAGAGCAGCACCACAGGGGCCAGCCUGGAAGACGAGCUGCCCCCCGAUACUCUGGGGAGGGCACCUACAGCAGAGGAGAGCCCACGGUCCCAGUGCCAAGCAGCCGUGCGCAGCCCACAGAUGGGGGCUGCCCUGCAGCAGACCUUCCAGCACGUGCUGCGUUGGGGCGACCAGCUCAGCCGUGCUUUCCUGGGGGCUGACAGCUCCCCGGGGGUCGUUAGGCCUGAGGCAGGCACUUGGGAUACAGGAGCUGGCCCCAGCGGCUGGUGGGCUCAGCUGAGCCAGGCCUCCAGGAUUUACACUGCUCCCAGCAAGGAAAGGUUCCCCUUCGUCUGGUGGACAAAGCUGCGGAUGGCUGCGGUGGAUCCCAGCCCUGACCAGGUGGUUCAGCCCCCUCUGAGGGAGCCCAAAGGCACCGAGCUGCAGCUGCUUCAGACCAAAGCUCUCCCUGAACUCUCCAGUCCCAACUCCAGCAGCAGUGCUGACACCUCCGGGACCUCUUCCCCCGAAGACCUCGUCCUGCUGGCUGGAUCACCCCUCCCACCCGCUGCACAGAAACCCCUGGCUGCUCCCCCACAACCCGGUGCAGGCAGGAGCCAGGCGGCACCUCCCGACCCAGGAGCCUGCAGUGCUGGCCCUGACAGGGGCAGCUGGCUGGGCCGACUCUUUGGAGCCAGCAGCCCCUCUGCCAGGAGCUCCCCUCCCAGCCCCGAUGGCAUCACAGUGAGAUCCAGGAGACCUUCCAGCUGGCUGUCACCCAGCUCCCGUGUCCUGGCCGUGGUGGUGAAGGGGCUGGUGGCUGAGAAGAGCCGAGCCCCACAACAGCCUGAAAAGAAGCUGCCGGAUUCACUGCAGACCCACAGAGCGGUCCGGGCGCUGUGUGAUCACGUUGGUGCUGCUGACGGUCACCUGAGCUUCCAAAAAGGAGACGUUCUGCAGCUGCUCUCCACCGUGGAUGAAGAUUGGAUCCGCUGCUGCCAUGGAAAUAGCACUGGCCUAGUUCCUGUGGGCUACACGUCGCUCAUCUUGUGAGGAGGAGGAGAUGUGAGGAAGCAGCUGAUCUUGCAGCACCUCCCUGUCCCAUCUCCAUCACUUCCAGGCCUGGAUGCUUUGCAGGGGUCCCUCCUGCUGCUCCUUGUAUUUACCUCCUAUGGGUGUUGUCACAGCCCUGCUGCCACCUCACCACAGCCCCUCAUUGGGACCUGCUCUUAUUCGUGUUCUCUGGGGGCCAACAGGGACCCCAACCCCACGCGUCCCUCUCAGCCCCACAUUGCCGUCUCUGUGCCAUCGUGUCCCAUCACUGCCACCUAAUUCCAUUGUGCCCCGCUUUGCUGCAGGGCUGGAGGACCCCAGCCAGCCCCGUGCUGCCCCAUCACCGUGUAAAUAGUUGUAACCACGGGAAGAUGCUUAUUCCAAGGGGAAAUAAAGGCUGUGACUCGCGUGUU